GAGUGGUCCAAGUUAAGGUCUCACAAGGUCAUUAAUGCAUCCCUACUUAUCUGUGGCUUGUGCUCGAACAUCUUUUGAUUAGCUUGUGUAUUCACUUAAUAUUUCCUCUGUGGAAGCUUUCAGAUACAAACAAAGAUCUACCUGGCAUUAGCAACCAAAUUAUUCAUCUUUUGAACAUUUACCAGAGGUCAGCCAUAAUUUCCUUUUUUCUUGUUUCUUUCCGUGAAAAUUCAUUCGUCUGGCAUAUUGAAUAGGGAACAACAUAACAUAUAGUCAUGGUUUUCCUUCCUUUUGUAUUCAACUAGUUCUAAACCAGGUGCAGACCGAGAAUUUUCUUAAAUAUUAGUAGUAAUAUGGUAAACCAGGGUUAGAAUAAUAAAAGGAUAUAGCAGGGAUCACGACUCAGAAAGUGGGUUUCCUUUUAAUUAAAAGGCUAUAUGUAGGCGAAUUCCUUUUUGAGAUGCAUAUUUAUGGAGAAAUAUGUUCUCUUCGCCAUCAAAUGUGAUGAGAUACUAGAAAUAUCAUAUCUAUUUUACAAAAAUAAAAUUCCAUUUGAUACAAAGAAAUGAUUGAUUAGGAUGAGAGGCAUAGUAUAAAGUACUGGGUAUGCAUGAUAUAAUAGAGUAAAAUGGGCUUUGAUCUAUAUAGUUGUGACAAACUGACAGGUUGAAUCGAAUUUCUUCUCUACUGCCUUGCCCGUUGCACCAAAUUUGCAACUAUAAUCCUGGUUUGAAUCUGUUUUAAGAUUUGUCUCUGUGCUGAUAUCAUGGGCCUACCUUACUACUACCUAUCAGGAUGAUGUGAUCCAUGCUGUUAGGUUUGGGGGAGAAAUAUUAAAUCUGGUUCAAAUAAAGACUAUGGCUGCAAAAUCUGGUAUAUUUGGUUACUAAGUAAUACUGGGUCAACCUUUCAGUUUGUCACAACUGUCUGGUUCAAAUGAAAUUUAUUGUUGCCGAGUGUGAGAUCUGCCAGUGUAUAAUUGGUUCAUUGAGUUUUGACAUGCAAGUUAUUGCCGUGCUUUAGUAAUUUCAUACACCUGCAUUAACUAAUACGAAAUCUACUUGCCAAGACACUUAUAAAUUGUAUUUUUUAUAAGUUGAACAAAUUUAAGUGUAUGCAUGUGAUAGCGGAAAGUAUUUUUGAACUGCAUGUACUCCCUCGGUCCCUCCAUGUCAAAAUAUGGUGUAUUUUAGUUCUGUGUCAAGUCAAACUUUGACCAAGUGCAUAGAAAAAAUAUCAACAUCUAUAAUACUCCAUCCGUCCGGAAAUAGAUGUCGCAGAUUUGUCUAAAUAUGGAUGUAUCCAGACACUAAAAUGCAUCUAAAUAUAUCCGUAUUUAGACAAAUCUGCAACAUCUACAGUACCAAUCAUGGAAUAUAUUUUCAUAUUAUAUUUAUUUGGUAUUGUAAAUGUUGAUGCUUUUUCCUAUAAACAUGUUUGACUUAGGCCAAAACUAAUAUGCAGCAUAUUUUGAAAUAGAAGGAGUAGUAAUUUAAUAUUGACACAACUCAAAUAAGUUUAGCAAGAAGAAAGUUUGCUUGCACUGACAUGAGAACAAUCUUACCCUGCUUGCUGCAAAUGCUAACAUGAACCCUUGGGAGUUGAUCUGACAGAGUCACAGCAGACCUGCUAAAUUAUGAUAAGAUGGAGAGAUAUCAGUAUAUGAUUGAAUGGUCUCAUUUUAAACUAAUGAGAGGUAUAGCUGGACACCAGCUGUCAGUUCCUUGAACGACAAUGGGGUGGUGGCGCAGUUGGCUAGCGCAUAGGUCUCAUAGCUAAAAAAUAGUCACUUGCGUGUGACUAGAAACAUGGAACACCCCCCUUUUCAUCAGAUAGAAGAGAAUACGAAGCAAUCAACACAGUCGAGAAUGAAUUCUCUUUACUUUGAUUAAGUCCUAGGCUCCUAGCUAAUUGAGGUCAUUAUAUGCUAAAGGGAAACAAAUAGGCUUAUUGACUGAUAGAACAAACGUGAGAAGACAACUGGCAGGUAUUGACUUUACAAAAUCUCACAUUCUUGUUGCGGGUGCUAACAUGGACCCAUGUGAAUUUUGAGAUCUACUCUCGAAAUGGGCUUGCUAAAUUAGUUAAAGAACUCAAGGGAUAUUGGGAGUAGUGCUAUUGACACAAUUCCAAAUAAGUUCAGCAAGAAGAUAAUUUGCAUGUAUUGAAAUCAGAACAAUAAUACUCGGCUUGCUGCAAACGCUAACAUGAGCCCCGUGUGAGUUGAUCCGACAGACUCACAACAGACCUGCUAAAAUUAUGAUAAGAUGGAAGGACCUCACUAUAUGUCCGACUGAUCUGAUUUUUAUUAGAAAUAUUGAAAUAUUGAACACUCCCCUUUUUAUUAGAUAAAAGAGAAUACGAAGAAAUCAUCACAGUUGAGAAUGAUUUCUCUUUACUUCGGUCAAGUCCUAGGCUCCCAACUAAUUGAGGUCUGUCUAUCCUAAAAGGAGAAUAAUUAGUCUUAUUGACUUAUAGAACAAAUUUGAGAAGACAGUUCACAUGUAUAGACUUUACAAAAAUCUCAUAUUCCUGUCGUGGGUGCUAGACCCAUGUGCAUUUUGAGAUCUACUCUCGCAAUGGGCUUUGCUAAAUUAGUUAAAGGACAAGGUAUAUGACUAGUUGACUGGUUAGUUUUAAAACUAGUUGGAAGUACUGCUGGAUACCACUGUCGGCUCCUUCUAUGUGACUCGAAAAUACCGAGCACUUAACCAGAUGAGAAGAUAAAAGAUGAAAUGAUUAACACAGUUGAGCAUAAUUUCGGUUUACCUUGUUAAAGUCUUAGCAAAUUAAGGUCAAUAUAUGCUAAACGGAAAGACUAGUGGCUAAAGGGAAAGAAACUAAUCUUAUUGAUUGAAGAAAAUAUGUGAUGAUGAUCAUUGCUUGAGCAAGAGAAAUAACAUAAUGAUGACAGAUCUACCCAUGGGACAAAAUACUAAUAAGUAUGUGCCACUGCCUAACCUAAUUAUUACAAGAUGGUGCAUUGUCAACUCUGCUAAAUGCAGAUCCAGAAGUUGCAGGGAACUCACCAGUUGGGUGAUAUAUUCAUUUGAGUCCUCCUAGCUUACUGUGUAUAAAAAGAUCUCCAACUUGCAGAUAGAAGACAAAACAGCUCAAUUUAUGUGAGCCAUACACGAAUAUGCUGGUAGUGGCAUCAAAGACUACCUUUGUUAUUUAUCGUAUAGAAGUUAAGCAAGUUGCAACGUGAAAGGGUGUCAGCAGAAUGCUGCCAGAUCGAAGCCUACCACCAUCAGUACAUUUAGACAAAAGCAAAUGCAGAAUAUUGACCUGGAUGCAAGUUGCACCAAACACAACACAUCUGUUAGAAUGGGUGAGAGUAGAGGAAGCAUCGCCUUCUUCACGAGCUACAGGCCGCCAGUGCCUCUGGACAUAUUCUGCUGUCCAGUUCCAGCGUCAUCAAAGCUGGACGAGCUGCACUUGACGGACGGCUUGUCGUACAACUACAACGGCCAAACUGUUCCACCAGAAGCUCUCAAGACGAUUGUCAAGCGCCUGGAGUUGGCACCACAAGCCGCGAUAGAAGCUGACAUCGAUUCGGGCCGUCUCACCGGCUUGAUCUUUGUCUCCGAAAGGCAACACAACCUUGAAACACUCCAGAUAGCCCUGCGCUCUAAUGAUGACGGCGAAGUCAAGGUCUUCACCUUGGCUGACAUCUAUGGCACUGAGUUGUUCGCUGGUGCCCGUCUGGAGGACAGUGGCUGCAUUGCCGGUGGCUACGAGUUGGACGGUCAAACUUCUGACCAUUACCUUGUCUAUGUGUCCACCAAGGAGCCCGUGCAAGAACGCCAUAGCCCCUGGAACGUCGUCUAUAAAACUAAUCUUGGGACAGGCGAAACUGAGCGCCUCACUCCACCAGGGACGUUUGAUUUAAGUCCCUCUGUGUCACCAUCUGGGAAGAGGGUAGCAGUGGCUUCUUACCAAGGAAAGAAAUGGGAUGGGGAAAUUAAGGACUUGCCGACCAGCAUUUACUUGAUGAGCAUAGAGACCCCAUCUCUGGAUCGCGAGCGGGUGAUCGAGAAUGGUGGCUGGCCAACAUGGGGAAGCGAGACAGUAAUAUUCUUCCACAGAUUGACAGGGGAGAACUGGGGUGUGUUUCGGUAUGACUUGAGCACCGGCGAGACCAUCCGUGUGACCCCGGAAGCAUUCGAUGCUAUGACUCCAGCAGCCAUUGAUGAAACAAGAGUGGCUGUGGCAACUAUCCGCCAGAAAUCUGUGUUCUUUGACGUUCGUGUUGAAGCACAGUAUCGUCACAUCGAGGUUUUUGAUAUGAGUUCCCCAGAAAAAUCACUGCAAAUCACUCAGUACACCAAGCCAAAAGGCGACCAUUACAACCCCUUUGUGAUGGACAGUGGCAAGUACAUUGGCUACCAUCGUUGCCAAAGCGACCAUCUCCAGCAUGGAGAUGAUGUCCCGAGACAGUUCAACAAGCUGCUGUCCCCACACGAAGAUGUUGGACUGUUUAGGGUUGCGGGUGCGUUCCCAGCCUUUUCCAAAGAUGGCUCUAAGCUUGCAUUUGUUGAUAACGAGUUCAAAUCCGUGUGGUUGGCCGAUAGCGAUGGAAUGCGUGUUGUCUUUGAGACAGAUGGCCCCAAUGGCAUCUUCUCACCAGUUUGGAACCAAAAGAAGGACAUAUUGUAUGUGUGUAUGGGACCGUCUUUCAAACCCAACGAAACGUUGGAGAUCUACGCCAUCCCCCAUGUAUCGAGUGGUGCACGAGAGCGGCGGCUGCUCACAAAGGGGAAAUUCAACAAUGCGUUCCCAUCCACCAAUCCAGAAGGGACAAAACUUGUUUUCCGAUCAACGAAGCAUGGAGGAGACAAGAAGUACAAGAGUUUAUACAUAAUGGACGCAGAAGUUGGAGAGGACGCAGGUGAAGCGGAACGGCUGACAGAAGGUGAUUGGACUGACACACACUGUCAAUGGUCUCCGAACAAAGAUUGGAUCGUGUUCUCAUCAAACCGCGACAGGCCCGCAGACGCGCCGGAGCGCGACCGUGGCCUGGACCCGGGUUACUUUGCUGUUUACCUAAUGAAUGCAAGCGACCGCUCGGUGGUGAGGGUGCUCAGGAGUGGUUACGACCUCUCUGGUCACGUGAACCACCCGGUCUUCAGUCCAGAUGGUCGAAGCAUCGCCGUGACGGCAGACCUUGCCGCAGUGUCCGCUGACCCGAUAUCACUGCCGAUCUUCUUCAACUCUGUGAGGCCCUAUGGUGACAUAUUCACCGUUGACAUCGACCCAGAUGACAUGGAGAAGAACCAGGAUGUGGAGAAUUUUGCCCGUGUCACACACAGCAAAUACGAGAAUUCCACUCCCGCCUGGACAGUGUUCUCGACUGAUGACCCGCAUGCGCAAUGGAACCUCCUGGUCAUGGAGGACAAUUACACCCCGUCAUGUCCGUACGCGCAUCAUGAUGGAGGUGAAAGUUGGCACAUGACCGGUCAGAUCUGCACUCCGAAAAGGGUCUGUUGAUUUUCGCCGUUGUGCCGGAAUGGCUAGAUUUUCCAAUGCCCCUUCGGGGUUAUUUUUGUUUCUUACCAGUUGGAAUUUUUGUUCGGGCUGCUGAAAAUUUGCAUUGUACACGUCUCAUCUCGCUGAAAUAAAGUUUGCCAGAUUCAUUUUCA